AACCAACGGUGUUGAUAAACCUAAAGAUAUCCCCAAUUUUACAUCUGAGUCGUCUCCUCCUUCCUUUCUUCUCCAGCGUCGGAUUUUCCUCUCUCCUCCUCUCCUCCAUUCUCAAUCAUCCAUCGUCGCGCCUAAACUCAAAUUCUUAAUCUCUUUUUUAUAAUCAAAUUCAAAACCUUCGGUAACCUCCUUUCCCCCUUCCUUAAUCUUGAUUUCAUCUCCUUCCCUAAUCAUUCUAUCUCUUUCCCUCAAUUAAUUUGUUUUGUUGGCCGAAUAGGGUUUCGGUGUUUAUUUUUGGGAAUUAUGAUGGUGUUUUUGUUUUGUGUGGGCAGAUAUGGCGGAUUCGUCUCAGGGAGCACUUCCGGGGAGUCCUGGCGGUGGCAGCCACGAGAGUGGGGACCAGAGUCCGAGAUCGGGGGUUAGGGAACAAGAUAGGUUUCUUCCCAUCGCUAAUAUCAGUCGGAUCAUGAAGAAGGCUCUUCCGGCUAAUGGCAAAAUUGCCAAAGAUGCUAAGGAGACUGUUCAGGAAUGCGUCUCCGAGUUUAUCAGCUUCAUUACUAGCGAGGCAAGUGAUAAGUGCCAAAGGGAGAAGAGAAAGACUAUCAAUGGAGAUGAUUUGCUGUGGGCAAUGGCCACUCUUGGAUUUGAAGAUUAUAUUGAACCUCUUAAGGUUUACUUAACCAGGUUCAGGGAGAUGGAGGGUGAUACCAAGGGUUCAGCAAAAGGAGGUGAAGGGUCCAGUAAGAGAGAUGGUGUGCAACUUAACCCAAAUUCACAGCUUGGUCAUCAAGGUUCAUAUACCCAAGGCAUCAAUUAUGGGAAUUCUCAGCAGUAGCUACCUUCUGGUCAGGAUGGCUGUCCAGUGCUUGUCCAGGUUGAUACUUGAGGUGGUGACGGGAUUUGGGUCAUUUUGAGGCGGCGAUCAUGUUCUGCAAGUUGGUUUUGGGAGCUCCGGAGGCCAUGUUCUUUCUUGGUUGAACCUGUGAUGCUUGAAGUUCAUGUUCUAUUGUGAUGAUGAUCUACAAGUUACUCAGUAGUUAUAUACUAGUAGUUUAUUUAUUCUGCUUUAGGGGCCGGUAUACAUCAGUAUAUUUUGUAUAUUCAGGUGAUUGUUCUUGUAUUCUCUGAUAAUUUAAAACUUAUAUAUUAAGUACCCAUAUAUGCCUCCUGUGUGUUUGGUUCAUUUUGCUGUUGCUCUGUGUCUAUCCAGUACCUGUGCGA